UUAAAUUAAAUUUUUAAAUUUUGAAACUUGAUUAUAUGUACUAAAUGAACGGGAUUCAAAGUACUGCUGUGGUAGUGGCAGUUCCAGAAGAAGAAACGAAACUAAUUUGUAUGCUACUAUAAUAAACGUUAUUCAUGUACACAUGCAUCAAAACAAAAACUCGAUAUUGGAUUUGAAUUCAAUGUUUUUUUUAUCGAAAAAAAAUGAUAAAUAUCUAAUGUUAUGAUUUAAAUUUGAAUCGAAUUAUUUAUUGAUUAUGAAUCUACGUUCAAAUCGUUAUUAUCCAUCCGGAGCUGAUCAUCAUUAUCAUCAAUCGACAGCUGUCGAAAUUUUCGACAAUAAUGUUGAUCCAAAAUUUUCACCUCUUCAAACACCACCAUAUGUUGUCGAAGUACAAACGGCUGGUGGCCAAAAUCAAAAUUCCUAUGAUAAUAAUAUUGAUUCGAAUGUUGAUUUGACAAAAAAUGAACAACAUCCGAUGGGACCACCAACAUCAACAAUUUUAAUAGUAACCGAACAAGAAAUGAAUGAAACAAUGGAUAUUGAUACUAUUGCAAUCGCUGAACAAGUGAAUAAAGAAUUGGAAACAAUGAAUAUUCAACGACAAUUAUUUGGUCGUCAUAUAUUACAUUGUGGUUCGACAAAAAUGUUUAAUCUAUUACGAAAACCACGACCAUGGUCUAUGAUGUUAAAACAUCCGAAACAAUAUUCGGAAAAAAUGCAAUCAUAUUUACGAUUGAAAAAAUGGUUAGAACUACCGCGACAACAACGACAUGAUGAACUGAUUGCAUUGAAUGAAUGGUAUUCACAUUUGGCUGCCAAUCGUGAACAAGAACUUGGACAACCACGCCCAUCAUUAGAUCGUAUACGUGGUGAACGAACAAAAUUUACACAAAUGCAAUUGACAAUUUUGGAAGAAUAUUUCAAUGAAAAUCCAUAUCUAACAUCGGAUAAAAUAACCGAAUUGGUGGAAAAAUUGAAUCUAGCUCCACCGAAAAUUAAUGAAUGGUUCCAUGGACGUCGAAAAAAAUGGUGUCAACAGCAUAGUGAUAAUAAAGAGAUGAUUGAAAAUUUUCGAAAGAAAGGACGACAAUAUCGUAAUCGCAGCAAACAGAUGGCGUUUAAUGAUGAACAAGUUGAAUUUCUGGAACGAACAUUUCAGGAAAAUCCAUGGUUAGAUUAUGAACGACGGCGAGAUUUAGCUAAGAAAUUAGAUACAACCGAGCAAAGGAUACGAAAUUGGUUCAAUACUCGACGAAAUAAAUUCAAACAUGAUCAAUUAUAUGUACCAACUAAGUCGGCAACAACCGCAGUGAAAUUACCGAAAGAAAAGAAAGCACCAACUAGGAUUCAAUUGAAACGUGAACAAUGUGUCACAACGAUACAGAGUUGGUGGCGUGGACAUUGUGUUCGGAAAAUUUUGCAACAACAAUCACCAAAAUUUACAAUCAUUCGUGAACGAUUACGUUUUAUACGACAAAAUUUGGCUGAAAAUAGUGAUUUAAUUCGCCAAUUUUUAAAUGUUUCAAAAUUGAUUGAAAAAAAUUUUUCCACAUUGGAUGAUCAACAACAACAACAAUCAGAUGUUGAUGAUAAUCAUCAAAUGAAAAAAACUAAUUCACCCAGUUUAACUAUCAUUAAUGAUCAAAUACAAAAAGGUUGUCAACUAUCUAUGCAGAUAUUCGAAAUAUUCAAUGAUUUCGAUCGUCAAAAACAACAGGAUAAACAGAAAGAAACGGAAAAAUUAUUACGAAAUCGUUUAACAAUGAUGGGCCGACAGCAACAAACAAUGUUGAUGGCAUUCCAACGACGUAAUAACAAUAUUACUAAUAAUAAUAAUAAAAAUAAUGUUCGACGAUCAAAUCGGAGAUUGGCUAAAUGUUCGAUGACAAAAAAUGAUUCUAAUAAUGUCAAUGUUGAUGAUGGCGGUGAUGGUGAAGAUGAUGUUACAGAAAUGCCAUCACAAUCCAACACAUGAAGCAUCUAUAUCUUCAUUGAUAAUGAUUUUCCUUUCGUCAUCGGAUUAAAGUGAUAUUUUUUUUCUGUCUUUAUUUGCAAAUUUCAUAUCAUCUUAAUUCAUUCAUUCAUUAUAAUGAUUGUUGAUUAAUUUAUUUUAUUUACAAAUUUUUGUAUUUAUAUUUCUUUCAAUUGUCAUAUAUUUUUUUUUUUUUGUUGUUCUCACCGAAAGGAGCAAGGAAGACAAUUUGAUGAUUUACUAGAUUUUCAUUUGGAACAUUUUUUUUUUUUUUUGAUUAAAAUUUCAGAAAAA